AUGAAGGGCAAUUUGGUCAUCGGGCCCUGUUCGGGGAACAAUGUCCACCCACGGAUUGUCUCUCCAUUCCCCAAGGUCAAGGUCCCGCCAAAAGAACGGCCGACUGACCCUGCACCAACGGUCAACACCCACGAGAACCCAUUACUCCCGGGCAAAGGGCCACGGUUCCCUGCAGAGGAAGAGACAAACACACCCUUCUCCAUGGCUCCGAAAGAAGCUAUGGCAACUGGGUCUUCAUACAAAGGGACAUUGUCGGAGCCCAAGGAGAUGGAUAUGACGUCUACCCCAUCGCCCACAGCCGCAUCCAUCCCGGCAAUCGUGUCCGAGGCAGUGGCCCCCUCGUCCUAG